AUGGCGCCUACCAGCGCCAACGCCAGUGCCGAACAAGACCUCUCGCCCCAAGACUCGACCUUCCUCUUCAUCAGCACGCUGCAGGAACAGCUGGCAAAGUCCGAGUUCGUGACCAGCAUCAACAGCAGCAAGCCUGCAGCAGACUCACAGUCACAGUCGCUCAGCGAAUCGACGCCGUCGAGACCGAAUAAGGAUAAAGAGAGCAGUCGGACAUCGGUGGUUGCGUCCUCGUCGUCAUCAUCAAUGCCGACAACGACGGCGUCAUCGUCGUCGACAACGAAACCCAUUGUGCCCAAGUGGACAGACAAGGAUAGCCAGGGAGCGAGGAUCACGAGGUUGAAACCGCCCAGGCAGGCCAAGUAG